CAGGUUUCCAUCGUCCAUCCGUCCAUCCGUCCGCCGUGCCGACGCCGCUCCGGCCGUCUUUCCUCUCGCUGGGUCGACGAUGGACCACCGUCGUUGCCUUGGUGGUCAUCAUGACCGUCUUGGCAACGUUUGUGUGGACAUCGCACACGGAAGCAGCUGCCAACGGAUCGCUGUCUUCGCAGAAUCCCCAAGUCGACUUGGAUGAAAACUUCCAGGUGGAGCUGGCGGUCUCGGCGGUGUCUCCCGCCAAGCCUACCGCGGCCUCGGUGAAGCCCCUAGAGUCCGCCGCAGAGAUACCAACAAUGUCCUCGGAGCCCGUGCCCUCAUCAGCAACGUCAAGCAGCCUCUCGGCCACGUUUCUUACUUCCUCCACCUCAGCCGGCCUGGCCCAGCCCUCGGCCAGUGUCACUGGCCAGGAAGGCACGAGCGGCAAGACCGAGCCAUUGGACGAGGACAGCCAGAGGCUUGUGCUUACCGCCAAAGAGCUGCUCAGAAAAUACGCCAGGCUUACCGAAGAGCCACUGGGUCGUGGCGACAUUGCCGGCCUGGCCGAGCAAUGCUAUCUUUACCGCCAGCUGUUUGAGCUCUGCUACGACGCUACAGGCCGACGCCGCACAUCGAUGGACCGGAUCCUGGGCGACAGCAAUCUCUACCACCAAGUCGAGGUGACUUUGCAGAACCUGGAGUACUCGCUCUUCCCCUUUGUCAACGCUACCGAGAAGUACAAGAAUGUCGCCAAUGUCCUCCAGUCGUACCAAGACCAGCGAGGGCUGGUUAUCAGCACAGGCUCCUGGCACUUUCGAUUUGCUCGGCACUUGAUCCAUGUUGUUCGCGAAGUCUUGAACUCGACGCUCCCCAUCGAAGUCUUUUACUCCGGCCCCGGCGACCUUGGCCAGGAUCAAAUCAACUACUUGAGGACGAUCGACAACGUGCGAGUUGUUGAUCUACAGCAGCACUUUGACACUGCCGGACCGGGUGUGCGUGGCUGGGCCGUCAAGCCCUUCGCCAUGCUCGCUUCGUCGUUCUCAGAAAUCAUCUUUGUCGAUGCCGACGCAAACUUUUUCCAAGACCCCGAGGUUGUCUUCAAAGACUCGGGAUACGUCAAGACCGGUGCAUUGCUGUACCGCGAUCGGACCAUCAAUGUCGGUGGCGAGUCGAAUCAGAGCAAGUACGUCAAGAAGCUGAUUACGAAUCCCUCGGACUAUGCCAAGGCGAGCAACCGCCUGUUUAGCCUCAAGUCCGUCCACGAAGGCGAAUCUGGCGUGGUUGUUCUGAACAAGGCCAAGGUCUUCCAUGUAUUGCUUCUGAUCUGCAAGAUGAACUCGGAAUACUUCCGCGGUGACACCGCGGAUGGCAAGAAAGACGGGUUUUGGGGUGUAUUCCAUGGCGACAAGGAGACCUUCUGGAUGGCCUUUGAGCUGAUGAAGCAGCCGUACUGGAUGAAUGCCGUUGCCGGCGGUACUGUUGGAUUCGUGUCCGAGACGGACGGUGUCUGCGGCGGCCUCUUCCAUGUGGACGAGCACCAGAAGCCUCUCUGGUUCAACGGCGGUGUUGUCAUCAACAAGUACCAUGCCGAAGGCGACAAAACCACUCUUCAACUCACGGACUAUGCCUUCGAUACAACCUAUGAGAAGGUCAAGUGGGCAUGGGAAAGGAAGGACCGCCCGUUCUGCCUCCUGCCGCGAUAUCCAAACGAGCAGGGCAAGCUGGAAGGCAAAUACAAGGAGGCUGCUGACGGUAUCAUUCGAGUCUGGGGCGAGCUUCUCGAUCGACCCAUCACGUCGUAGGCUCGCUGUGGAAUGCCGUGCCGGCCGGCAAGAGCACAUACAAACCCAAGCAUCAGGUUUCUUCAAGCACAAUAUAUACAAGACACACUCUUCUGGGUGAAUGAAUGGCAUCUGCUGAGAGAGCGCCGCCCACUGAGGGAACGCCAUCUGUCGC